CUGGACAAGGGGGAUGUGACCGCGCUCAGCCUGCCCUCCACCGCCGGGCACAGCGACGCCGACGGCACCAUCUGCCUGGAUGUCCCCGAUGGCACCCCUGACCCUCACAGGACGAAAGCUGCCAUCGAGCACCUGCACCAGAAGAUCCUCAAGAUCACCGAGCAGAUCAAGAUCGAGCAGGAGGCUCGGGAUGACAACGUGGCCGAGUACCUGAAGCUGGCCAACAACGCGGACAAGCAGCAAGCCUCCCGCAUCAAGCAGGUUUUUGAGAAGAAGAACCAGAAGUCGGCGCAGACCAUCGCGCAGCUGCACAAGAAGCUGGAGCACUACCACAAGAAGCUGAAGGAGAUCGAGCAGAACGGCCCUUCCCGGCAGCCCAAGGAUGUCUUUCGGGACAUGCACCAGGGUCUCAAGGACGUGGGCGCCAACGUUCGCUCCAGCAUCAGCGGCUUCGGCGGCGGCGUGGUGGAGGGCGUCAAGGGAGGGCUCUCGGGUCUGUCCCAGGCCACCCACACCGCCGUGGUUUCCAAGCCCCGGGAGUUCGCCAGCCUUAUCCGGAACAAGUUCGGCAGCGCGGACAACAUUGCCCACCUGAAGGACACGCUGGAUGACGGGCACCCGGAGGAGGCUUCGCGGGCUCUCAGCGGCAGUGCCACCCUGGUCUCCAGCCCCAAGUACGGCAGCGACGACGAGUGCUCCAGUGCCACCUCCGGCUCGGCUGCUGGCAGCAACUCAGGGGCAGGACCGGCGGCUUACAGGCCCAACCCCCUGACCACCCACCCCAAUAACUUCGACACCAUCCUGGAGGAGCUCCGGGAGAUCAAGGACAGCCAGUCACACCUGGAGGACUCCAUGGAGGACCUCAAGGCCCAGCUGCAGCGGGAUUACACCUACAUGACACAGUGCUUGCAAGAAGAGCGAGGGAUGGUAGGGUAUGAGCGCCUGGAGGAGCAGCUGAACGACCUCACCGAGCUGCACCAGAACGAAAUGACCAACCUGAAGCAGGAGCUGGCCAGCAUGGAGGAGAAGGGGGCCUACCAGUCCUACGAGAGGGCACGGGACAUCCAGGAGGCGGUGGAGGCCUGCCUGACGAGGGCACUGCAGCAGCAGCAGCAGCAAGUGGUGCAGCUGGAAGGGGUGGAGAACGCCAACGCCCGGGCGCUGCUGGGCAAGUUCAUCAACGUCAUCCUGGCCCUGAUGGCCGUGCUGCUUGUCUUCGUCUCCACCAUCGCCAACUUCAUCACCCCGCUCAUGAAGACCCGCAUGCGCAUCCUCAGCACCGCCCUGCUCGUCCUCUUCCUCUUCUUCCUCUGGAAGCACUGGGACUCCAUCACCUACUUUCUGGAGCACAUCCUGCUCCCCAGCUGAUCCGCAGCCUGGGCGCUGAGGCCCUGGGGGCUUUCCAUUUCCCACAGAGGAGAGGGCCGGGGGGACGGUGGUCCAAAGCCUUCGGGUUGUUUCUUCACAUGCUCGGUUCAUGCUUUCC